AUGCAUCUGAAAUUGGAGAAAAGCGAUAAGCAAUUAGAGGCGGAAAGGACACAUCCGCUGAAGUAUGCUGCGACUAUCGAGGAAGCCCUAGAUGCAACAGGUUUCGGCAAAUAUAACUUCGGGUUGCUUCUGGUAUGCAGCUGGACGCUGCAGGCGAUGGGCAUGGACCUGUUCGGGACCAGCUUCGUAGUCGCCGCGGCCGUUUGCGACCUGGAACUGAGCAUGCAGCAGAGGGCCCUGUUGACCGCUACACCUCUGAUCGGGGUGGUGCUUGGCGCCCAGCUGUGGGGAUACGUGUCGGACACCAAAGGAAGGCGGCUGACUCUCAUGAUAUCAAUGUCGGUGGGUUUCGUGUUUGCCGCGCUCAGCAGCUUCGCACCCAACUGGAAGACAAUGGCAGUGCUCAAGCUGGUAUCCUCUACUUUCACGUCGGCCAGUAACUCUGGCGCGUACACCCUGCUUGGGGAGAGCUGUUCUGAGCGCGCGCGGGGCCGCUCCAUGCUUCUGUGUACGUGUGCGUUAAUGUGCUCGCAAGCUACUGUGGCCGUACUCGCGUACCCCAUCCUACCUCUUGACUUCGCCUACCCGAUCGACUUCCUCGGUAUCAACUACCGACCGUGGCGUCUACUCGCCUUCGUCAUGGCCACCCCCUGCUUUUUAACGGCUUGCCUUUUGCGGCUUUUCCACGAGAGUCCUAAGUUCCUCAUCUCUAGAGGACAGCAUGAAGAAGCGUUGGAUGUGCUUAAGAAGAUAUACGCGUGCAACACUGGAGAGAGUUCACAAAAAUUCCCAGUAAAGAAACUCAUCGAUGACUCUGAGGAAUCUACAUGUGAGGAGUCGUUCUUGAAGGCGAUGUGGCAACAGACCACAGCGUUGUUUCGCCCACCGCUUCUGAAAAUCACCCUCAAGUUGUUCUACCUCGUCACGGUCAUCUAUAUGACUGGAAGCGGUUUCAUCCUCUGGCUACCUUACAUCAUGAACAAUCUUUUCUCAGUCCUCGAAACUGGCGGCGGCAGUGGAAUGAACCUGUGUACUGUCAUCCGCUACUCGACUGAGAGUGCAAUGGUUGUUGGAAAUGGUACUAUUGUCCAAGAAGUAUGCAACGACACAAUCCAAGAGACAACUCUGCUAUCUGCCAUGUCCUACGGCGCUUUGGCCAGCUCGGCGAACCUGGUGCUCUCCCUCACGUGUGGUUCAAGGAAGAGACUGGCGAUGCUGUUCAUCAUAGUUAUCUCUGCAAUAGCCGCUAUCCUGCUUAACGUGGUGGCAGUUCCCAUUGCCGGAGGAAUAUUCUUCUUUAUCUUCCUUCUCUGUGCGCUCUCCAUGGGUAUCCUGAGCGUUUACUUUGUGGAACUUUAUCCUACUUCUUUAAGAGGCAUGGCGUCUUGCCUGUCCGUGAUGAUAGGAAGAUCCAGCGCGUUCCUCGGUGUCAACGCGAUCGGGGCGCUCAUUUCGGCCAAUUGCGAGGCCACUUUCUACGCCUGGUCGGUGCUAUUACUAAGUUCAGCUGUUUUCACGUGGUAUCUCCCAAAAGACAAAAAACCAAAACAGUGAGCUAUCCAGCAUGAUAACGAGGCGUAUGAAUUUGAAGUUUAGAGUACAAAAGAAAACUAAAUUACGAUAACAUAAGAGCGUAAAUUCACUUGACACAUGACAAUUGAACCGUCUUCUUUGGUCGUUCUAAAAUGUACCCCAGAUUUUUUAUGGCAUUGUAUGGAGCAUGCAGAAAUGUGACGAGCGUGGCCUAAGGUAUUGAAAGCCCGAUUGCACGACUCGCAAUCAAAUUGUUACUGGCCAAUCUUCGAAUACUUUAAUUGCGUUAUAAUUUUCAGUUAAAAUUUUAAUCCAUCCAGGUAUUUUCUUCGGACUGGGCCGUUUUCCGAGCGUAAGUGCUUCGCUAGUUGUACGAUAUCCGAUAGUAUAUCUAUAGCAAGUUUUAGGACUUUUUGGAUCACAGGGUUGGGCAUCCUUACUAGUCCACUCUAGUGUUAUAAAUGCAAACUGUUUCAUUGUUUGUUCUAUGUCCUAUAUAUAACUAAGCGAACAAUCAACCUUUCAAAGUUGAAAGAACGUAGACUAC